UCAUGUAACCGAGCACGUGCUUUUACGAAAAAAAAAAAAAACAAAUGACAAGCGCUGUCUAAACAUGUACCUACAAUAAAUUAAAGUGAUACCAAGAAUUCAAAUGACGUUUCGCGUUUCCGAAAUAUAAACUUUAAAUGUGAAAUAAAAUUUGCUGAAUUUUGUAAAUUUAUGGAGCGCGUUUAAUUUUUUCUUUUAUUUUUUUUUUGUGCUUGUUACUGUGAAGUGUUGGUGAUGUGUUCGGAAAGAAGUGUUUUGUGUUUCCUGUUAUUAUUUAUUGUGAUGUCCGUUGGAAAGGAAAAAAAUGGAGACAUUCAACAUACAACAGAAAAGGAAACCCGACCGGAAUACAUCCACCCAGAUGGGCUUCUUACCUUUGACCCAUACCUAUCAGACAUAAAACCAGAAGCCGAAGACGAUGACUACAUACCACUGCCCGAGAACGACGAAACAAUAGACGGUCUACCUAUUUUCUUAAUAGAACCGAAAAACGCAUAUGUCAUGAGAUCGAAACCAGCCAGUCUGCUAUGCAGAGCUGCUAAUGCUUUAGAAGUAUUUUUUAAAUGCAACGAUGCUAGAAGUGACAAAACUGUGCAGUUUGAACACGUUGAUCCUCAGAAUGGUGUGAGGGUAGUUGAAGCUGAGCUGAAUGUGACUAAAAAUGAAAUAGACGAUUACUAUGGGGGUAAAUUCGGAUGCGAAUGCCUUGCUUGGAAUAGUAAAGGAAGAAUUAGAAGUCAGGCGGUGUUCAUUGAAUAUGCAUAUAUCAAGAGACAGUUCGUCCAGCAUCCCCAAUCAGCGACCAUCGAGGCGGGUCACAGCGUGACGCUCCGGUGCGUGCCGCCGCUAGCCGCACCACCGGUGGAACUCAAGUGGACGAGGAAUGGUGUACCCCUGGAUGUGAAGGAGAAUACUCUGCAGCUUACUAAUAUUGGAUUGCAGGAUAUGGCCAACUACACUUGCGUUGCUGAGAACAUAGCAGGCCGCCGGGAGUCAGAUGUUGCUGUCAUAUCAGUGUAUGUGAAUGGCGGCUGGUCAGAAUGGUCUCCCUGGCUACCUUGCCGCUGUGGCACCGCCACCAGCGGCCGCCGCCGCACCAGAACCUGCACCGAACCCGCUCCGGCCAACGGUGGGGCGCCCUGCAGAGGCCAGCAGUCCCAGAAUGAUGAGGACUGCCUGACCUGUCAAAAUGGAGCUUGGUCAGCCUGGGGUGGCUGGUCAUCAUGCAGUGAGGACUGCAUGAGGGUACGACGGCGACAGUGCAUCAGUGGACUGGUGUCGACUUGUUCGGGCACGAGUCUACAGCACGCUGCUUGUGUUGAUGGAUUAUGUUCUACUGGGAUGAGGCUAAGUAAGAACAACCUCUCCCUCUACAUCGGCAUUGGCAUGACGGUCGUCAUCUUGGUGGUAGCGGCGGCCCUCUUCUAUGUUUGGUGCAGAUAUAGAAACUCGCGACCAGGGUACAUCGCUGCGAGGUCAGGUAUCCCAAAGACGUAUCCGACCCGGGACAAAGCGGUUUCAGGGCCAGAUGUGACGAGGUCCUGCAACGAGUACUGGAUGCAGGGCCCGGACAAUCAUUACGAUAUGCCACAUGUGCGAGACAGCUAUUCGUCGCCCUUCGGCAACCGGACCCGGCAACCCUCUUCGGCCGGAAGCAACCACUACGAGAUGAAACCCUACAGCCCUUCCGGGGACUCCGCGUCUAGUUGUUACACCAACUCCAGAACAAUGACGUCACGCUCGAGCGAGGGCUCCUCCCAGCUCGCGGAGCUCGUGACGUCAUCACCCAGCUCUGCCAAAGUGGACGUCGCAGUCACCCUGCCGGCGGUGCCUCUGGACUCAAGCUACAGGGAGAAGAUAUGCCUUACUGUUGUCAAAUAGUUGUUACGUCUAUGUUAAUUAGUGUAAUCCCGGCUUUAGGGUCCGCUUUCCUACUUUUUUGCGCGAUCCUGAGCGUCCUUCGAAGCCAUUACGCUCAUAACCGCUUUUUGAUAUCGAACCAAGACUUUUUUGGGCUGCCGUUGGGAUCAGGAGCCGCUAAAGCGUUUCUUUUCUAAGACUGUUGUUACGUAUUAGGGUGUAUAAUUAGGCAUUUGGUUCAUUUUUACUUUUGUCCGUUUGGAAAGCAGUCGGCUAGCCGUCAAAACACAUGUACAUAUUGCAAAUUAUUUCAGUGACUCCUAAAUCUUUUCGCUUUAUGUGUCGUCUAGUGAAACGACAUAAGGUCCAAUGUUUAAAAAUACAGACAAUGUUAUAGACCACUUGUCUAAACUUUCUAACUUGAAAAGUGUAAUCAUCUGUUAAAAUUUUUAUUAAUCAAUUAGUGAUUGUAAUUUCUGUGAAAUGAUUUGUGUUUUUUCUUUGGCCAACUGAAGUAAAAUGUAUUAUGAAUAUGUACUCAUAAUGUGUUUAUGUUGUAGUUAUCUUUGUGUUUUUUUUUGACAUAAGUACAUAGUCAAAUAUGUAGGUAAUGUAAAUUUGUAACAACCAACAAAUAUUUUUAAAAGAAAGAUAUCUUUCCUGAUAAAUGAAUCACCGGUCAUUGCUUACUUAU